UGAAAAUUAAUUAUAUUUAAUAUCAAUUUUUAGUAUUUCAAUAUAAUUUAAUUUUUCGAACUAAUUAAAAAAGUAAAAAAUACGCAAAUAAAUAGUGCAUAUAGGUUUCUUAUUAAAAAUAGCACAGUUUUUUGCAAAUGAGAGCUCUAACUAAAUAAAAAUCAACCAAAAGUUUUGACAAAUCAAAAACUAAAAAUCUUAAAAAUAAAAAGGAUGAAAAGAAGCAACUUGAAAGAUAAUAGCUAAAAUAGGAAAUAAAAGAAAGGGAACAGCAUCUUAAACAUGCGUUGGCAAACUUUAUGAACUAAGAGCAAGAAGAAGAAAGGUUAAAGCUAGAAAAGUAGUAAGAACGAGAGAAAGAGCACAAAGAAGAAGAAAAAUAAACGCGAUAUAUCUUGAAGAACGUUAAAUUGGUUUAAACAAAAAACUAUACUACUGCUCUUUCUCUUUCUGCAGUAGAGAAGUUUGACCUUACAUAAAAGCUUGCGAAUUUAUGGAAUUUUAUAAGCUAUUGUGAAAGAGAAAUUACAAGGCCUAAGAUAUUAAAUAUAAUUUUUAUAUGCGUAUACUUCUUUUAGCUUUUUAGUAUCAGCGUUAGCUCUAUUUCCCCAACUGUUAGUGAAAUUUCUUUAAAUACUAUUUACUAUAUUGCUAGAUCAUCAAGAGUUAUUCCAUUAUUAGCUACUCUUAACUAUGCAGAUAUUGUUGGCCUUAUUGUUAUUUUAGUUAUUUGUAUAAUAGAUUCUAUAUUUUUUUAUUGCGCUUGGGACCUCUCCAAUAGUUCCACCAAGGAAGAAGAAAACAAUUUUAAGCUCAAAAAAGGAAAGGCGUAGUUUGUUUUAUAUUAUUUACAGCUUUAUAGAUGGUUUCUUAUUGUUCCAAAAAUUGAUAUCGCUUUAGGUGGAUUUUUUUGUGGAGUACUGAACGAUAGCAGCAAAUCAGCAAAUGUAGAACGGUGUAGUGAUAUGUUAUCUUUCUCUAAAUACUAAAUAGUGAUUGCAUUUUUUAGUUUUCUUUAGAUAAUCUCAAUUGUUAUAUCUACCUAUUUAUUCGUUAUUGUAUAUAAUACUGCUAGUUUUAUGCCUGCUAAUCCAAUCAAAUCUCGUUAUUCAAACAAAAAGUUCAUAGAAAUAUUUUUAGUGUUUAUAUUCAUCCUAUUCAGUUAUCCCUAAGUAAUUUCAUAAAAAGUAUUAUUGCUUAUUAUGCAACACAUUAUCGGCGUGUACUAUCAGCUUGAAUAUUUUAUAUAAUUUCCUCUCCUUACUAGAGAAUACACUACUAUAUACGCAAAUAUUAUAAAUACUUAUGCUUUUGCUUGUGUUUUAUAAACCAUCCGCUAUUCAGUCAGCAGUUUUUUAGAUAAAAACUUUCUAAUUUAUCUCACAAUUGUGAGUACAUUCUUAAUGGCCCUCUAGUAAAGUUAUAUGACAUAGCAGCUCAGUCGCAUUAGGGCAUUUGAUUUAAAAGAUUAAUUAAAGUAUCCAAAUUUGGCUUGUUUGUAUUUUGAGGAGCUUUUGUUUCUGUCUAAAAAUUCAUUAAGAGAGAAGCGAAUGUAUUUAAUUGUUCUAGGAAUGCUUGAAUUUCAUCAAUAAAAAUGCAGGGAUCAAAAGUGUCCUUGUUAAGUUGUAGAAAAGUUUGAAGAUUAUGGGUAUGACAUACCCCUUAACGAAGCAAAACUUCUAAAUACUCCAAUAGGCUUGUAUUUGUAUAAUCUUUCCAAAGAUCAUGGCUAAUUCGUUAUUUGGGUCAUGAAAUUUGUUGAUUAUCACAUUAGAGAUCUAAUACAUCAGCUUGAAAAAACACACAUAGAAAACAACCAAAUUUAUCAAGAUGUGUCAAUGAGAUUUUGGUUUUUUUGCAUUAGAACAUAAAAAAAUGUCAUCAAAGCACUUUUUUCACUAAAGGCAAACAGCAAAAAAUUUGUAAAUAAAUCAAGAUUUUUCCAAAUAAUAGAACUGGCUACUGGAAGAAUAAUAGAAAAUUCAAUUAAAACAAAAGAUAAAUCAAUGAAAUAUUCAUACAGAUAAAAAGAUGCUGAGAAGGCAAGACAAUUUGAACUUUUUGAAAACAUGGUGGCAAGUGAGGCAAUUAAAAAGAAUCUUAAAAAAUUUUUAUAAGAAACACUCAAUUAAAAAUAAGAUAUGAUGCAGAAACUAAUUGAUGGAUAUGAAAGCUUUGAUGAUUUAUUUAAAUCUGCCUUAGAUUUACUAAAGAAUAUAGAAAAAUUAGAAAAUUUAUUAAGAAAUGAAAUUUCAUAUAGAAAAGAUAACAUAGAAUAUCUACGUUUAUUAUCCAUAUUAAAAAUAAGGCUUUUGAAUGAUCCUAUUUCAUGUAAAGAGCUAGAUAAGAAAAUUAUUGAGAUUAAUGACAGAGAUAAGUUUUAGGAUGAAAACACUGUUAAUUCUUUGAAUAUUUUAAAGGGUAAUGUCGUUUCUAUGAUUAGCGGAUUCAGCACAGCUAUAGCUUCAAUAUUAGCUUUUUCAGAAAGUUCUCCAAGUUUUUUUGGAUAUAAAAAAAGUGAAUUUGAAACAUUAUCUUCAUUAAAUGAUUUGAUCCCUGAGUGUAUAGCAGUGUGGCAUGAUAAUUAUAUGAUUAGAUUAGUAGAAACAGGUGUUUCAAAAAUUAUCAGAAGAUAUAGAGUAGCUAUAGCCAAAAAUAAAGAGGGAUUUAUGUUUCCAAUUAAUAUUUAUGUAAACUAUUUCUGGCAUAUAAAUUAUGACUUUUGCUUCUCUGCUUUGAUGCUUAAACUGAAGACUAACAGCCAGUUUGUAUUAGUGGAUCCUAAGGGAAUUAUUAAAGAUAUGAGUGCAAACUUUUAUAAGUUCUUCUCAGAGCUUUAUCCUAGAUAAAUUGAUAUAAAUGUACUUACUGGUUCAAAUAUAAGUCUAAUAAUACCAAAAUUAUAAGAAGUAUUUGAUUCCUAUGAAACUAGUUAAUCCUAAAAUGCUAAAUUCGAAGUUAAUUUACCUAGAAAAUUAAACCAAUUUCUGAAAGAUUAUAAAUCUCUUUAAAAGAAUAAUUAAGCUUUUAAUAAUCCUACAUAAGUAUAAUCUAAUAGUAAUAGAGAAUCUGAAAAUGAGAAUUCCAAAGUUUCGAUUACUGAAUUCAUUACUCAGUCGUCUAAAAACUAUGGAAUGCAUUAUUUGACUUUUGAAGCAAUUUGUUCGAUAAAAUAAGAAAAUAUUCCAUUUUAUAAUGGAGGAGCGCUUAUACUUUAUUUAAUUGAAAUACAAAGUUACACUCCUAUUAAUCCUUAUGCAAGCACAGCUUCUUAACCAAUGUCGAGUAAACCAAAUUUAAUGAACUAAUAAACCUUAGGAGAUUCUAUGUCUUCAACUUAGUAGAUAUAGAUUAGAGGAUAAAAAGAUAAAAAUGGGAAAAAAAUAGACAAUGAUAAAAAGAAUGAUAUAAAAUUUGAACUUGAUGGAUCAAACUUAAAUGAUGACUAUAUAUUUUCAAAUAUCGGUGCUGGAGGAUCUGCAACACCUUUUCAGUUUUAAAAUGACGGCAGGGUAUUAGAAGCUCCGUUUAUAGGAGUUAGAAAAUACGAUUAGGAAAUGUAGGUACAAGACAUGGAUUAGGAUUUGAAUAAUUUAGAUAUUAUGAAAAUUAAUAAAAUACAAUAAAUAAACCACACUCACUUUUUGACUACUUCUUAAGAUGAUCUUUAAGAUUUUUCUCCAGCUAAUUAUUCAAUUCCUCAGAUGAAAUCAAACACAAUCUAACUAACUGAAAACAACGAAGAAUAAGCAAAAAGCAAUUAAAAUGGUUAGCAUUUAACUAUUCAUUAAACUAUUGAAAAAGAUACGAAAACAAGUAGCAGUAGUGAUCCUAUUGCAGGGAUUAAUACUCCUUACAAUUAAUUAUUAUAAACUGGAAGUAUGGAUUAAUUAUAAGGAAAUUCAUUCUUAAUUUAUACAUAAAAUAAUUUUGAUUUGCUUAAUGAUACUCAACUGCAUUUAAACUAAACACUUGAAACAAAUUUAAUGACUCCCAAAAAUAAUUAAAUACCUCAAGCAAGUGAAAUAAAUGUGACUCAAUCAUACAAUCAAAAUAUAUCUAUUCCUUCAGACUCUAAAUAAAACAAAGAAAGUAAAAAAAUUAAUUCCUAAAAUUUGCCUGCUAACUCAACUGACAAAUACAAAGGAGCUACAGUUAACUUUAAUUAUAAUGGCAUUAAAAAAGAAGGCUAGAUAAAUUAAAUUCCUGAAGAAAUUCUACCAUUUGAGGGCACUUCUCACCAUACUGAGGAGCUUUCUUAAAGAUUUAAGGAGCUUUCAAAAAAGAGUGGAACAAUUAUAACUUUCACAAAUUAACUAACAAAAUCUGACGGAGAGAAAGAGGAUGACUUAAAUGUAUCAUCUUCUGAAGAGGAAAAUGUAAAUAAAAAAGGAUGGGAAGACGACAUCCACUAGUAAAACAGUAUUUCUUCUAAAGGAAACAGAAGCACAUACAAUAUAGUAAAACAAAUUCAUGCAAUGGCAAAUGAAAAGAGAAUGCCUGGGUUUUUGAUGGCACUGUACUGUUCUUAUACUACACAAUGGGCGCUAUUUAUUUUGCUUAGCUUGAUAACUUUCAUAAAUAUUUACAAUUAAUUACAAAAUUAUAAAGUUGUAAUUAAUGAUCUUUAGUUUAGUUCUUCUUUUAUGAUUCCACUUUCCUUUAUUUCUCUAAGUGGAAACUAUAUAGGUCUCUCCAAUUCUAAUAUUAUAACAACUUCUAACUCCAAUAAUUAAAAUUUCUUUUUCUCUAAUCUUAAUUAAUCAUUCAAUAUUACAAAGCAGCAAAUGAACAACUUAACUUUCGAUGAACUCAUUUAUAGUUACCAAAACUUUUUAUUGGAAUAGCAGAUUUAACUAAAAUUAAUAACAUCUAAUAUAUAGUUUUAGAAUAAUAUUAUCAUGUACGAAACUCUCUCAAGCAUUGUUGAAAUGUCUUUCGAGUUCAUUUAAAAUUAAAAUGCAAUAUUUGAAAAUUCUACUCUCCUUUACACCAUAUAAUAAAAUUAUGAUAAUUUGAACAGCCAGUUUGAUAAUUUGGACAAACUCUAUGCUGAGGAAUUAGAAAAUGUAAGAUCAAACUUAGAAAGUAUAAAUUUAUAAAUUUUAAUAAUUUCUAUCCUUAUGCUUGUAAUAUUCUCAGCUUUGAUUGUGCCACCAUUUAAAAAGUACAGAGAUCAAGUACUUAGAAUCCUAAAAACUAUUUCAAGAAUAACAGAAGAAGAGGCUAUAAAUGAAAUCCUACAUAUCAAACAAGCUAGUAAGCUUUUAGAUAGUGAAAACGAAGAAUAUUUGAUUACUAGAUUCGGAGAACUUUAGUAGAAAGAAGACGAGUAAGAUGAAAUGGCUAGGUAGCUAGAAAGUAAGCACAUCUCUACUACUAACAUAAAGAGCAUGAGGAAGAGUUAAUAGAAAAAAGAAAAACCUAAAACUUAUUCUAGCGUUUACCUUAACGAUAGAGUAAAAAGCAACAAACUCAGCUUUUGGCUUGUAUUUAUCAUAAUUUUUGUUUUGUUUAUGUGCUCUUGCGUAUUUUUAUCGGUAUAUUUUGUAUUGAGAAAUUUCCUUGAUACUUUUAGUAAGCCUAUUUAAGACUAACUCGGUUUCUCAAGAUCCAUUCGAUAUUAUGGGUCAAUGUCUUUCUCGAAGAACAUGAAUCUAAUUUCAUAAUCUAUCUAACAAUACAAAACAUUGAACUAAAACUAUAAUAACUUUUAUGCUAUGGAUUAAAAUAUAUUGAAUAAGAUGCAGGAUGAUGGCGUUUCAAUAGCUAGUUCUUUUUUGCUAGGAGAAUUCUUAUAAAUGGGAAUAAACAGCUCAUAAACUAAUGAAUUGAAAAAUUUCCUUUAGUCAAUUAACAAUGGUAAUACAUGCUAGUUGUUUUCAAGCAUUUUAAAUCCAGUAGAGAUGAAUGUCUGUCUAACAGCAUCUAAUGGAUUAAUAAAUAUCGGUUUAAAAAAUGCUAUCACUUAGUCUAUCAAUUAAGUUAGCGAUUUCACAAACUGGAGCAAUAAGAUUAGUUACUAAUAUCUCAUGACUCAAACUUAUGUGCAAGAAAUCUAAGUACAAGAGUUAGUAAUGAAGAUGUUCAUAAACAUCAUGGAGAGAAUAGGCAAAGACAAUUGUAAAAUAAUAGAUAAUUAUGCGUAUACUAUCUUGCUCAUUUAUUUACUAGGAGGCAUCUUAAUUACAAUUUUAUUUUUAGCAAUCUCUGUUUAUAGUUUAUUAAAUACUUUAAAAAAUUUCACUUAUCUCAGAAUGGCCAUCUAUUUAAUACCCUUUAAAAGGCUCUCUGAAGACAGCAAUACACGUUUCCUUUUAAAAAAAUUCAUGGAGUUUCAGUCUAAUUGUCUUUGUUGAAAAAUAUCAAAAAAAAUUUACCUUAAACUAAAUCCUAAGAAAAAUCUUACCUUAAAUUUAAUAUUAAAAAAUAAAAAAAUCAAAAUCUUUCACAUAUGUAUGUAUAUAUAUAUUAAAUAAAGCUUAUAUAAUUUAUUAAUUGUGAUUUUUCCCAGAUAUAAUUUAAA